AUGAGUGGGUCCGGAAAGGGGCUUCUGGGGCUGUGGCUGUACCGAAGCGGUGAGCAGGAGUGGGCCGUGAAGGAGGGUAGCCCGCUUCACCGCCGCCGCGAUUUCGCGAAGAAGGAGCCCGCGGGCAACUCGGCGUCGCCGGGCGACAGGACGUGCAUCAUGUUCACGCUGAAGAACCAGGUGGGCGGCCUGGCGCGAGCGCUGCAGGUGUUCCAGGAGCUGGGCAUCAACGUCCUGCACCUGGAGCUGCAGAAUAAGGAUGCCGUGAAGGAGCAGGCCGACGUGCUGGUGGACAUCGAGUGCGACUCCAAGCACCUGGACCACGUCAUCCGGAUGCUGAAGCGCGAGGUGCAGUCCGUGAACCAGGUGAAUGCGUCGUCGGAGGAGUUUCCGCCGCCGACGCCGCUCUCCGCCUGCACGAGCUUCGAUUUUGGCGAAAUGCACUGGUUUCCAAGGAAGAUUUCCGACUUGGACAAGGCGCAGAAUGUGCUGAUGUACGGCUCGGAUUUGGACGCGGAUCAUCCUGGCUUCAAGGAUCCAGUGUACAGGAAAAGGCGCGAGCAAUUCGCCGCCAUUGCGCAAUCCUACAAGCACGGUCAACCUAUCCCGAAGAUUCAAUACACCGAGGAGGAGAUCCGGACGUGGGGCACCGUCUUCCGGGAGCUGCACCGACUCUACAUUCUGCACGCUGUUCCGGAGUACAUGGAGAACUGGCCGGCCCUCGUUAAGUACUGCGGCUAUCGCGAGGACAACCUGCCACAGUUGCAGGACGUCAGCGCAUUCCUGAAGCGCAAGACUGGCUUUCAGUUGCGACCUGUGGCAGGAUACUUGAGUCCAAGGGAUUUCCUCUCCGGACUCGCUUUCAGAGUCUUUCACUGCACUCAGUACAUUCGGCACUCUUCGGAUCCCUUCUACACUCCUGAGCCUGAUUGCUGUCACGAGUUGCUGGGUCAUAUGCCACUGCUGGCCUGCUCCAGCUUCGCGCAGUUCUCGCAAGAGAUCGGACUCGCUUCGUUGGGCGCGUCAGAUGACGACAUCGACAAGCUGGCGACGCUGUACUUCUUCACUGUUGAGUUCGGCCUCUGUCGCCAGCCCGAUAACAGCUUCAAGGUCUUCGGAGCCGGCUUGCUGUCCUCCGUUGCUGAGCUGCAGCACGCCAUCACGACAAAGGCCAAGAUCAAGAGAUUCGAUCCAGACGAGACUUGUCGCGAGGAGUGCAUCAUUACAUCCUAUCAGAAUGCGUACUACUACACAGACUCCUUCGAAGAGGCUAAGGACAAGAUGAGAAAAUUCGCAGAAACCAUCCAGCGUCCUUUCGGUGUCCGCUACAACCCUUACACGCAGAGCGUUGACGUCCUGUCCAAUGCCCAGAAGAUCACAGCGCUCAUCAGCGAGCUUCGCGGGGAUAUCAGCAUUGUAUCCUCUGCUCUGAGGAAGAUCUCGGCACAGGACGCCAACUUAGACGUGCAGUCUAUCGCAGAAAUGCUGCAGACCAAUAUAAAUGUAUGUGAAAAGAGUCCCAUGAUAAGUCCUGAUCGGAGUUCUGAUAGCUCGCAAGAGGAGAAAGUGACGAAGGACGGCAGUCGCCAUCGAGAGGACAAUAAUGAGGAAAUUGUAGACAAGUAGACCAAUUUAUGGGACCAAAGAUGUUUUCCUUCUCUGGAUGUUAAGUGUGUAAAAGUAUCCGUAGAUGAUCAAUAAAGACAUUGUCAGCAGAA